AUGGGGGAAAAAGUGAAGCUGCAGAAGCAGAAGGUUGUGCCUGAAUUUAAGCAGCUGCGACAGUACCUGGCAGAACAAGAGGGCCUGCUGCUGGCUCAGCUGGGACAGCUGGAGAAGCAGAUUGAAACAAGAUUGAAAGAAAAUGCUGCUAAAUUCUCCAAGAAGAUUUUUCAUCUGGAUGGCUUGAUCAAGGAAAAGGAGCAUCAGCUGUUGGGACAGGAGUCCCUGCAGCAAAAGGAGCAGCUGAGCCAUGAAUGGGUGAAGGAGCCCGGCACCAGCUCAGGAAAAGCUUCCAUGGCAAGAAAACCCCAAGAUGCUUGGACAACUGACACAGAGGAGGGGGUGGAGGAAUCACAGGGACUGUACACAAAAGAUGCUUGGACAACUGACACAGAGGAGGGGGUGGAGGAAUCACAGGGACUGUACACAAAAGUGAGUGUGACUCUGGAUCCAGACACAGCUCAGUCCCGGCUCAUCUUGUCUGAAGAUCGGAGAUGUGUGACUCAGGGAGCCCCACAGCAGAGCCAGCUUGACAACCCAAAGAAAUUUGACCCGUGGCCAUGUGUGCUGGGCUGUGAGGGAUUUGACUCGGGGAGGCCGUGCUGGGAGGUGGAGGUGGGUUACGGGUCUGCCUGGGCUGUGGGGGUGGCCCUGGAGUCCGUGAAGAGGAAGGGACCAAUUGACAUGAGCCCCGCUGGGGGCAUCUGGGCAGUGGGGCAGUACAAGGAGAAGUUCCAGGCUCUGACUUCCACGUCUCCCACCCCUGUCCUCCCCAGCACGGCGCCCCGGAGGGUGCGGGUCUGUCUGGACCACGCAGGGGGGCAGGUGCUGUUUGUGGACGUGCUGAGCCAGGCUCUGAUUUUCACUUUCCCACGAGCUGUGUUUGCAGGGAAGAAAAUCCACCCCUGGUUCUGGGUGGGUAAAGGGUCCCAGCUCAAACUGUCCUGA